AUGCAGUCCAACGUCCCACCCCCCAGUACUGGUACCUCUCAGACUGCUGCGCCGCCCGGGACAGCGGGUUACCUCCAAGGACUUCUUUCGCGCGCACGGGCUGCCCACCCAGACAUCCCUAUGGAUCCGGUAGUGCUUCAGUCUCUGCUUCUCUGCUUGAUUGCGCAACCCCGCACCCCGGUCGGGACCAACAGGCCGGACAAGAACACUCAUGUCGGGGUCCACCUCAUCCUGAGAACGAAGGAGGAGGAUGUGAGCCUACUAGUCAAUAUAGUCGCGCUUAUCCUGCAACAAGUGCUCGGCAUCCCCGCGCACAAGCAGAAAAUCUCCUCCAAAUCCUCCUCCCCUCCCUCCACCGUCCGUGCCCGCCGUCCGCGCACUCGGCAACAAAGCUCCUCCUCCUCGAUCCACGCCCCCUUCGAGCGCCCCGAAGCCUUCCUCCGCGCCCUCUUCUUCCGCCGCGCCCCUCCCUGCUCCGUGCCCUCCCACCGCAGCCCAACCCCCCGCUCCCGCGCCGACACCACCCCGCGCGCGGCCCCCGUCCCCCUCGCCGCGCAGCCACCUCCCCGGGCCACCGCGCACCACGCCCCGCGGCGGUCCGCGUCGUUCCCGGCCCCGAGCACGGACGGGGAGGAGGACGGGUACUUCGACGCCGCGUCCCUCGCGUCCUCCCGCCGGCCGCUCCUCGCGGGCGGCCACACGCCGACGUCCACGCUGCGCUCGCGCCGGCCGCGCCGGCCGGGGAACGGCAGGCUGCGCACGGACCCGCUGCCGCUGCCGGCGCUGUUCGCGCCGCCGGGCAUGGAGGACGUCGCGGAGGACGAGGACGUGGGGACGGCUGCGGGGCUGGACAGCGGGCGCGCGCAGAAGAGCGCGGCGGGCGGCGAGCGGGGAUGCGAGGCGGGGGUACCCUCGGUGUAUUCGAUCCCGAAGGCGGUGGUGGUGUCAGGGCUCGAGCACACCGUAGCGGCAUCUCAGCGUGCUCUGACGAGAGUGUUGGCGGAGCGGAGAGUCGUUUUGGAUGGUCUUGAGGAUGACGAUUCGGAUGCGUCGGGGCGGGAUCCUGAUGUUGAGGAUGGGACGUGGAAUCUGCCCGAUGGGUUUGUGAUGGUCUAUGUAUGCAAGGCAGACCCUCAUGAACGUCCUGGACUCUUGCGUGGCCUGCUUGAUAAGUUCUCCAUGAGUGCGGACAUCGCACUCCACCCCUCCAUCCGCCAGAGCUAUGUCGCAUACCGCGCAUCGUCCUCGCCGACUCCGCGCGGAACUCCGUUGACCUCUCCUCUCUCUCUCCCGCACGCCUCAAAUCCCUUCUUCACCGCCCCCGCUCCCCCUCAACACUCCCCGAAGCGCAGGUCAGCACCCCUACCCCCACCCCCACCGCAAGCCCCGCCGGUCCUCCCGCCCUCCGAGCUCGCCCAGCUCCGCACCCACGCCCGCGCGCACCCGCCCGCCUCCCCGAUCUUCUACCCGUCCGUGCACGCGACGGUGCCCGCGUCCGCGCUCGACCCGCGCAGCCCGCCGCCCGCCGCGCACGCGGCCGUGCACCGCUCGCUCGACGCGUACCUGCUCGACCUCUUCGCCGCCGCGCGGCACCACCCCGCGCUCGACGGCACGCUGCUCACGCUGCACGCGCACGCGGCCGCGGACGCGCUCGCGCGCGCGUUCCGCGUCCUCCACGGGGACACGCUCGGCGCGGAGCUCGUCGUGCACGAGGCGCGCAUGGCGGCGGCCGCAGGCGGGAGCACGAACGGGGACGGGGAAAGCUGGGCGGAGGCGAACGAGGGCGCGUGGGUCGGCGCGGAGAGCGUCGCCGGUGGUUUGAACCGGAAGGAUGGGGGCCUCGGGAUGGAGGGGGCGAACUCGCCGGAGGUGCGCGUGCAGGGCGAGGACGGCGCGAGCGUCCCCGCCGCGUACGACCUGCUCCUGCCCCGCGUGGGGUUCGGCGCGGAGAAGGACUCGGGCGCGGUGGACUUGGGCCCGGCGGAGGAGCUGCAGGCGGCGCUCGCGCGGGGGACGCCGGAGGUGUGGGAUGUCUCGGAGGAGGACGUGGCGAGGGUGUUUCCGCGGGUGGUGUCGCACCGUCUGCGGACGCGCGAUGGGCCCGACGACGAGGUGUUGGGGAGCGUCGUGUGGCCCGCUGUGCCGCCCGAUAGCGGGACCGGGGGCGCGACGGCUGCUGGCUCGGAGGUCGGUGGGGAGGGCGUGAGGCUGGGGUGGGAGAGGAAGAGCGUGAAGGAGAUCCUCGUUCGCAUCCUCGCGGAUGUUUGA